GCGGCGGCGGCGAAGGGGUGGAGGGCUUCGCUGCCCGCAGUUGCCAAGCUGCGGUGUCCGUGGCGGGAUGGUGUAGCCUGGCCUGCGGGCGGGCGGGCGCGAGGCGGCCGGAGACGGCCGACACCGCCUGACGGACUCGGGUGCUUGAGGCAGCACGCUGAGGGGGCGUCGCCGCCUCCGGCCCCCGGCGCCACCGCCGGAGGCCGCGCCCGCCAUGGCGUCCCGGGCGGUGCUGGACGAAUUCACGGCCCCUGCCGAGAAGGCGGUGCUGCUGGAGCGGAGCCGCUUGCGCAUCGAGGGCCUGUUCGGCGUGAGCCUGGCCGUGCUGGGGGCGCUGGGGCCCGAGCAGCCGCUGCCCGCGCGCAUCUGGCUGCAGCUCCGCGGCGCGCAGGAGGCGGUGCACAGCGCCAAGGAAUAUAUUAAAGGAAUCUGUGAACCUGAAUUAGAAGAAAGGGAAUGUUAUCCCAAAGCCAUGCACUGCAUUUUUGUUGGAGCACAGAGCCUGUUUCUGAAGAGCUUGAUUCAGGAUACGUGUGCUGACCUCUGCAUUCUGGAUAUUGGCCUUCUUGGUAUUAGAGGGAGUGCUGAGGCCGUGGUCAUGGCAAGGAGUCACAUCCAGCAGUUUGUGAAGCUCUUUGAAAGUAAUGAGAACAUACCCAACAUCCAGAAAGAAUCAGAGGUGAAAAGGGAAUUCAAACAAUUUGUUGAAGCUCGUGCAGACAGUUACACAAUGGACUUGUUGAUUUUACCCACUUCUUUGAAAAAAGAACUUUUGACACUCACACAAAGCGAGGAGAAUCUGUUUGAAACAGGAGGCGAUGACUUUAUUGAAGUUCGAGAUUCCCAACAUACACCGUUUACACAAAAUGCCAGCCCAGCGCUCAAUAUUUUCCGAGAGGAGGAGGUUUUGCGUGAAGAGGCAAGAAAUAAAGCUGGCACUCCUGUUUCCGAACUCACAAAACAAAUGGACACAGUGUUGUCUAGUUCCCCAGAUGUGCUCUUUGUCCCAGUGAAUGGUCUGAGCCCAGGUGAAGAGGCGCUUUCCAAAGACAGAAUUUGUCACAAAAGGAGGUCUUCUGAUUCCGAGGAAAGGCACACCAAGAAACAGUUCUCUUUGGAAAAUGUUCGAGCAGGGGAGGUUGCACAUGAUGGUCCAGCCGCAGCUGACCUCUCAGAUUCUGAAGUGCUAGAUAUAAAAGACACCACUGAGGAGAUGGAAUACAACAUCCUCGUCAACUUUUUUAAAACCAUGGGCUAUUCCCAAGAAAUUGUUGAAAAGGUCAUUAAGGAAUAUGGGCCAUCCACUGAGCCAUUAUUGCUCUUAGAAAAAAUUGAGAAGGAAAAUAAAAGGUCCCAAGAAGGUAGAGAAUUUUCACCUGGCACUGUGCAUCCAGAGACCAGCAAAACCAAAACUAAAAGUGUUUAUAGCAGCAUAAACGAACUUAUGGAAGAAUCUACUCCAAAGAAAGUACAGGGUCACCCACAGCAAAACACGGCAGAGAAAUUCUCUCAGUUAUCAUUCAAAGCAGAAGCUAAGCCAUGUACCUCAAACUGCCGAAUUAAUGCUUUUGGAACAGUGCCAGUCGAGCCGAAACAUGAAAUCUGGGGUUCAAACCAAAACUACACUUGUCAUUUAGACCUCGAAACUGAUGGCCUCUCACCUUCUGCUGCACCUUCAAGCCCCAAAGAAGUCAGUUUUGUUUCCAGGGGCACAUCAACUCACCAGCCCAGAAUUUCAGUUUUUCCUGAAAAUGGUUUGCACCAUCAAACAGAAUCCUUGCUUCCAAAUAACAUGAAAGCUGCCUGUGAAAAACAUCUGGGAUGUUGUAGCUCUCCUCAGUCCAAGCCCAACUGUCCUCCUCCCCUCUCUCCCCCUAUGCCACGACCUCACAUGUCACCUCCAGCUCGUGAUGUGAUGUUUGCGGGGUCUUCUGAUAACAUUGACUGCUCGGUUACUGGGGUUCAGAGGUUUCGAGACAAUCUGAAAGUACCAUACAAGCUGGAGUUAAAAAAUGAACCAGGGAGAACAGACCUGAAGCACAUUGUUAUAGAUGGGAGCAACGUUGCGAUUACCCAUGGUUUGAAAAAGUUUUUUUCUUGUCGUGGGAUUGCAAUUGCAGUUGAAUAUUUUUGGAAGCUUGGCAACAGAAACAUCACUGUGUUUGUCCCUCAGUGGAGAACAAGACGUGAUCCCAAUGUCACAGAACAGCACUUCUUAACCCAGCUCCAGGAGCUUGGAAUAUUAUCUCUAACUCCUGCUCGGAUGGUCUUUGGAGAGAGAAUUGCUUCUCAUGAUGACAGGUUUCUACUACACUUAGCAGAUAAAACUGGUGGCAUAAUUGUAACAAAUGAUAACUUUAGAGAAUUUGUGACUGAGUCAGUCUCUUGGCGAGAGAUUAUUACAAAAAGGCUGCUGCAGUAUACGUUCGUGGGGGACAUAUUUAUGGUUCCUGAUGAUCCUCUGGGAAGAAGUGGACCUCGCUUAGAAGAGUUUCUUCAGAAGGAAGUCUUUCCUAGAGACGUGCAGCCCCUCAAUGCCCUGCCGCCGGUGGGCAUGUUCGACCCCAGCUUCAGAGGCCCUGGCACACAGGCCACCAGCUCCAGCCACCAGCCUCCAGCCCGGAGUCCGGGCACCCCUCCCAGCCACUGGCUUCCACAGCAGCCUGGCUUCCCGCUCAUGCCGAACCUUCCCAGCAUCGCACAGAGCCUGCCCUUACCAGCACAGAGGUCUUCAGCAGAAACCAGCGAGCUGAGGGAAGCCCUUCUCAAGAUCUUCCCCGACUCUGAGCAAAGACUGAAAAUCGACCAGAUCUUGGUGGCCCAUCCGUAUAUGAAAGAUCUCAAUGCCCUGUCUGCCAUGGUGUUGGACUGAGGACGGCGUAGAGAGCAGAACCCAGGGCCCAUGUCUGACCUGGCCGGAAGUACUGUAAUGUGAAGAACCCAAUUUCCCAGUGCAAGCGUUCUUGUAUUGCACAAGGGAUAGAUGACUUUUUGUCUAUAAAAAAAAUGAAUUUUCAAAACCAGCUUUUUUCUAUAUAUAAAUUAUGCUGCUAUUAUUACAGAGUUAACAUUUUCUGUGAAAGGAAAGUCUACAUUUUCUGCCUGUUCAUAACUGUUUGAUAGCCGUUAUUCCUGAGUGUAUUUACAUUUUUAUGUUUUUUAAACUAUUUUCCUUAAAGCAGAAAAUAUUGACAAAUGGAUAUGGUUAGUCUUUCUAAUAAAAAGAGAGCUGCUUUCCCCAGGAAAGCAAGACUCUUAAAGUCUA